AUGACAGUCGCGGCAAUGCCGGGUCGCUUCGUCCCAUCGCCUGCGCUUCCCCCAGCCUCCCCCGGUACGAGAUAUUCCCUCGCUUCUCCCGGCAACUUCCACUCCGACGAGCCCAGCUCGGCGCGCAAUGAGCGAGGACACCUCUCCCUCACAGACUGCUCGCUUCCCGAGGCCCUUCGAGGCGCUCAACGAACCACCAGUGGCCACGUGUCAUCGGAUAAAACGAAUGAGGCUGCGCAAUCGUCGCCGCCUCUCGAGAAGUCAAGGGGAAGCGCGGAGGCGGAAGGCGGAUCAGCCAAGGUGGAACAGAUGGCGGAGGCAGCGGAAAAGGAGCCGCAGAAGGGGGAGGAUGGGGGGGAGGAGCAGAGCAGUGGUGAGCGCAAGGGGCCAGGCGAAGGGCAGAAGGAGGGGGAGGUAUCGAAGAAAGCGGGGGAAGAGGGGAGUGGUGGCGGGAAGGGGGGGAGCGGGGAGGGCGAGUGGUGCGAGGCGCUGGGCGGGGAGGUUUGGCUGGUGGCGUGCAAGCGACCGCAGCUGCUGGCGCGCAGUGAGAGGGGGCGGGGCGCCGUGUGCGUGAACAUCGAUGAUGAGCUGGUGUACGAGCCGUACUGCAUGGACUUCGGCCCUCUCAGCGUGGCGUGCAUCCACCGCUACUGUGACACCAUGGACCGAGCGCUGCAGGAGGGGCGGGGGCUGUCAAGGAAGGUGGUGCAUGUGUGCAGCAGCGCGCUCCACAAGAAGGCAAACGCCGCUCUGCUCCUAGCAGCGUAUCUCAUUCUGCGCCAUGCCAUGCCGGCCGAUGCCGCCCACGCGGUGCUGCGCCCCUUGGAGCCGCUGCCGCCCUUCAGAGACGCGUCCAACGGCGCGUGCACCUUCCACAUCACUGCACUCGACUGCUGCCAGGCUCUAGAGCGAGCGCAGAAGGGGGGACUGAUAACGGGGUUCAGGGUGGGCGAGUACGAGCGCUUGGAGCAGGCGGACCUCACGUGGAUGCUGCCGGGGCGGCUGCUCGCCUUCAGCACGCCCGCUGACGACCCUGCUAGCGUCAUGGAGGGCUACCUCACGCCAGAGGACUAUGUGCAGUACUUCCGGCAGGCGGGCAUAGCGGCCAUAAUCCGGCUCAACAGGCGCGUGUACGAUAAGAGGCGAUUCACCCGCCAUGGCUUUGCCUUCUACGACCUCUACUUCCCCGAUGGCGGAGCCCCCUCGGACGGCAUAGUGGAGCGCUUCUUUGCCGUGGUGGAGGGCAGCAACGGGCCCGUCGCCAUCCACUGCAAGGCGGGUCUGGGGCGAACGGGGGUGCUGGUGGGGUGCUACCUCAUGAAGCACUGCGGCAUGACGGCUAGGGAGGCCAUAGCAUACACGCGGCUGGUGCGCCCGGGGUCGGUGAUCGGGCAGCAGCAGCACUUCCUGGCGCUCAUGCACCCGCGCAUGGCACGCGCUCUUGCGAAGCCAUGUUUGCAUUUCGGCCACUCUCAUCGCCUUAGUCUCGCUCUGCCACCCACCCAUACGCCCCUGCCACCCAUGCGUGCCUCUCUAUCCAAUGCUCUCUCUGCUCUAUCGUCCUCUCAGGGAGAGGAGUUUCGGCGCAAGACCCGAGCGCUCUCACCCUUCUCACCUCGCACCACCACCACCACCACCACCAGCACUGCACCCGGCAACCUGCCCCCUGUGCUGCCCCGCGCUCACGCUUCCAGCCUCGCCGUGCCAUCGCGCACGGGGCGCAAGGUGUAUGCGCGCACGGACGAGCAGGCAGCAGCAGCAGUGGCCGACCUGCAGUUUGCCCGCCACUCGCGCUCGCUCGCCCGCGCCGGCUCCGUGCCUGUGCGGCCAGGCUCGGCCGGACCGGCACGGUCAGGCUCGGCCGGGCCAGUGCGGUCAGGCUCGUCAGUGUCGCUGCGGUUGUCCCUGGGGAGGAGUGUGAGCCGGCUAGGCAGCAGCAGCGGUGGCGCCGAGAGCAGCAUGAGUGGCGGGGGUGGGGGCGGGGGAGAGGGCAUUGGACCCAAGCGGAGGAGGCAGCGGGAGGGAGGGGGGAGGGAGAGGCGCGCAGCUAGUGCCGCCACCACACCACGUGCUUGUGGGGAUGGUGAUGGGGCGGAAGGGGCAGAGGAGGGAGGGGGAAGCGGGGAGGAGGGUGAGAGAGGAGGGGGGGGAGGAGAGGAAGGGGGUGGGGUGGGAGUGCGGGAGAGCGGCGCGUGGGUGAGGCUGAGAAGGCUGGGGGGGAGCAUGCGCAUGCCAUUUGACUCCCUCGCCCUCUCCCUCUCCUCCUCCCCUGCCGUGCGUCGCCCCAUCAGCAAAUCAGCUUCCAUGUCCCCAUACACACCCAUGCCCCCCAUCACCCCCACGACUCCCCAUGUCCCUAUGCCUGUAUCCCAUGCAUCUUCUGCCCUGCACCCUGGCAUGGCGUCCCCCGAGCCUCGCCAUGUGAGGGCUGCCAGGCGCCUCAGGCUGAGGGGGGUGUGGGGGGCUGCUGAUGGGAUGCGGAUUGGGGGCGAAGUGGGGAAGGAAGCAGGGGAGGGUGGUGGUGAUGCGGGGGAGGUGCGUGUGGGGGAGGGCGGUUGUGGUGUGACGGAUGGAGAGGGGGGAGUGCGGUGUGGUGAUGGGGAGUGUAGUGCGGUGGAGGGCGAUGCUUCUGCACGGGAAGCAGAACGUGCAGGUGAGGAGGUCUCCAGCGCAGCAGAUGUAAUGAGAGAGAGGGAUAGGGAGUCAGUAGGGGUGUCAGCGAGCGUGGGGGCAUCAGUGCGGGCAGCCGAAGAUGCUAGCGCGGUUGCAAUGAGGUUGGACAGUGCAUCACCCGUGGUAGCACAGGUGGCCGCACUGGCUGCACCAAUCGAAACAGUGGCAUCAGAUCUUGAAGGGCCGGUGGCAGUAGCAGCAGUGGCACCAGAUUCUGAAAGGCCGAAAGCAGCAGAAGCUGCAGCAGCAGGGGGGAUGGGGGCGAGCAGAAAGUCGCACUCACGGGCGGCCUCAUGGCUGGGCUUGUCCUUUUGCGGCCUGCUGCCGUGCCAGCCCGCACGACCACCGCCAUCACCCUCAUCAUCACUCUCACUCUCACCACCCACAUCGCCAGGACCAUCCCUGCCUCCCACCUCAGUUGCUGCUGCAGGGCCCACAGCCACACGUACAGCCUCAGUGAGCCCGCAUGGCUCUCCCCUCCCCACCACAGCAGCCCCUCUUCGAGCUUGCCCUCCCUGCUCCACAGCAGGUGCAGCAGACGUGAGGGGGCCAGCAGAGGGAGCGGCAGAAGACCCCGUGGUAGAGGCAGGAGGUGCAGAGGUAUCAGAAGGGUUGUCUCCAGGAGACAGGGAGGGACACAGUGGCACAGCGACAGGUCAGUACACGCCAGCAGAUGCCGUCCCAACGCCUGGGGUUGCAGGGACACACGAGUAUACACCUGCCGAUGCGGACCUAGCUCCUAGGUUUGGGCGCACACAGGCGGCUGGCGUGCAGGGUGCAGGGGGGGAGCAAGCAGGGGGGCCCAGCAGCACAGUGGUGAGAGUGAUCAAUGCAGGGGGGCAGCCCAGGAAGGUGGUGGUGCCGGCAGGGCAGGAGGGUAGAGGAAGGGGAGUGAAUGUAGAAUCAGGGUUGAGAGGAGUGGGCGGGCAUGCGCAGGCGGUUUCCGUGGCUAAGUUUGGUGCGGUGCAGGGCGGUCGGUUUAGGCUUGGUGUGAGAAGAUAG